GCGCCUCGUGCGCUUCGUCCUCCGCGAGGCUCGAGAGUUGCAGCCAUCAGUUGCUUUAUUUUGUUCCUCGAUCCUCGAUCAGCAUUUAGCCCAGCCAUCUGCGUCCGACACACGCCACAAACAAGAGGGUCUGCUCAAAGCACGGCCGCCCUCGUCUAAUAAUAGCUGCGGGGGCUGUUGAACCCAUUGGAGGCGGGGAGGAACGUCGAGGGGGAAACUUAACUCCAUGAGGGGACUCCGAAUUUAGACCGUGGAUUGGAGACUGGUGCGUAAAAUUAACUCGGUCACCGUUCUCAAGCUCGCGCAGGAAGGACGUGGAAUGCGAACCUGAGUGCUUGCUGACCUUUUUCUCUGAUUUGACUGGAUGGACUGAGGUGCGGAAAAAUGUCGGUGAAGAAGUGCUGUGCGGUGCUGAAGGGGGCGCAGAACGAUACGGAGAAGUUCGCCGGCCUGUUCAUGGUGACCAAAGUGAUCAAGGCUAAAGAGUUGUCUGCUGAUAACAAAAAGCAGCUCUUCGAAGCCAUUGGAUUUGACUUUCUUCGACGCCUCCUGCUCACGUCGGACGCUCUGGAGGAUUGCCCUCCGCAAAUUUACAAGUCUGUGGCGGUUUCUGUUCUCAGCUGCUUUUGUGAUGAACCUGAAGUGGCCACGCACCCUCAAAUGCUCGACAACUUGUCCACACUGAUUGAAAUCAUCCAGCUUGAAGAUGACGAGGAGGAGAAUUUGCAGGUUAUUUCCGAGACCUACGAAUGCCUGAAGCACGUGGCUCUGCACGAUUCUGGUUUGGAAAAAUUAAAAGAAAUUGGCGCUAUUCAAAAGUUUGCGCAGGCGUAUGCAGACCAGAAUUUUGAGUCCGACGAAGCCCUUGGUAUCGUUUGCAGACUCGCUUCUCGUUUUGGCCCCUCUGCUUGGGGUGAUGAUGGCCAGGCUCUCAACACACUACUUAACAAAAUCAGCAUGGAUAUGGAAACUGACAGUUCGGAGCACAAGUUUGAGCUGGCAGAAAUUUUGCACACCCUUUUAUACAACAGCAACCGACAAAUUCUACGAGACACAGCUAAAGAGCAAUCGUGGCCUUCGGGUUGCUACAAGUCGCUCUCGGACAUUUUAACGAGCCGAAUCGGAAAGCAGCAACGUGAUCCGUCCUUGAAGCUUGCCUCGAUGAUUAUCGAACUGCUUGGAGUUGAAUGGGCCUUGACAGAUGAAGAAAAGCCCAAAGCGUUUUUUCUCCUGCUAGUGCAGCUCUGCUCCAUUGAAGUCCGCAUGCAGGUCGAAGAUCGCACGUUCGAGCAGGUGAUGAAAAAUGCUGAUCUACUGGUGGCCUGUUUCAACUUGAUGGAGAUAGCAAUUGCAUAUGUGGCAACAACUCCGACAUUUGAACUUGAGCAAAAGGAAAAGCAGCAGCUCUACACAGCUUUGAAAGGCGCCUUUGCAGCUCUAAUUGGCCUCCUUCAAAAGUUGAUGACCAUGAAGGAUAAAUUGGGACCGACGGAAAGGGCGUUUGUUUAUGCCAGCAUCAGGGUGUUGGCUGCCUGGCUGGCUCAAGAGACGUCUGCAUUACGACAAGCUGUCCACCAACUGCUGCCUUUUAUUUUGGAACUGGCCAACGAAACCUUCCGAGCAACAGCCCAAAGAAAAGCCGAAAACUUGGAAGCGUCCAGCACAGAUGUAGAUGUUCUCCGACUUUUCUUGCCAGCAUUGUGCCAUCUGACAGUCGAGGAACCGGCCAGGCAAGCAAUGCUGAAAAUGAAACAGGACGAGGUCUUGUUUGACUGCCUUCAGUAUUACUGGCUAUUGGUUCAACCUGAGAAGCCUGUUAUCCCGCGAGCAGACCGCCUAAAACAAAGAGUUGAAGUCGUUCUUACACCUGCCCAACUGGAAGAAAUAGAUGACGCUCGCUCGGCAAUGGUUUCGUUAUGCAAUAUUUUCAUGAAUAUAACCGUGCUCGAGCCCAAAUUAGUUGACCAGAGUGCUACAUUUAACCAGCUACUGAAGUUCCUCUUCAACAAGCUCCCGGAGCUGAAGUCAUCACCUGAGAACCUUGUGCUGCAGGGAAAUCUUGCUGUUAUGGGACUGCUGUUGCUUAAGCAGCUCUCGGCACGGCAGAGCAAAAACGACUACACAAUCUGCCGGUACUUGACUGCUACGAUGCGGUUUCUUUGGGACGCAUAUGUUGUUGAAGAGCAUGGAGAUAAUUCAUUGGGCCCCCUAACAGUAUCGACAAUAUAUAAGAAAUACUGGAUGGAGCUGAUGGAGCUUUGGUUUUUGGGAAUGCAGACGAUGAGCGCUGUCCUUGUGUUGAUACCUUGGGUUUCGCAGUUUGCGAUUGAGAGCGGAUGGGUGGAAGGCAUCAUGGACACUUUAAAGCGUGUUCGUGUCGGUGACUUCCCUGGUAACACGCGAUCUGCGUUUGAAGAUUUCCUGUGCCACCUAGUUGAGGCAAGUCCUUCAGUAGCCACCAUGCUCAAGGACAAAGAUGCGUUGCAAGUGUGCCGCAAUCACCGACUAAUGGAGUUGGGCAAAAAGCUGUUUGGCGACUAAAGCAUUUAAAUUUUUGGUCCGAAAACUGCAUAUGAAUAUGAAUUGACCAUUUUUGUCUCUUGAGGCUAAUGAGCGCUAACUACAUGGAUUUCAUCUGAUUAAUUUAACUACCAAUAAUAUUUUAUUGCUUUUAAAAAGUCUGAUUAUGAUGAAUGGUGGUUUCAAGAGGAAGAUCCCACACUUUUGAAGCGAGCUGUACAUUUCUCUUAAUUAAUGUUUAUUUUUACUUCCAACUAGUCUCCUGAGGUGUAAGAAAUUAUUCCGCCGAGAUUUUUAAUAAAAAAUGUAUAGAUUUGAAGAUGUCAAUAAAAAGAAUUUUGUAAAAUAAAAAAAUGCCUAAAAUUUAUAAUAAG